GGGGACCGCUGAUGUAAUAGAUAAAAAUACGUAAUAGAGAACAGAGAAAACUGAACAAAGUAAAAAAUAGCCCCCAAACAGAUCAUAAAAGUAUCUCUGCAGUACCUGGAGGGAUAGAUUACACUUUUCAAGAAAAUGAAUAUAAAAGGGUUUUCCAUGAUAUGUCUCUCUUGCGGUUGACACCUUUGAAAGGAAAUUCGCCCGUAUUGCAAAUAGUCAAGAUAGCAUCAUCAUCAUAUAGCAUUAUUAUUAUUCCCCCCCAAAGCCCGCUACAGUUCAAUUUGAUUACUUUUGGAAUUGCUAAUUGUUGACCCCACUCACAUCGGACCUUUUACUUAAAGAAUUUUCACCCCUUUUUGACCAACUGGAAUUGUAGCCCUUUUGGGACAUCACUUGGAAUUUUCCUUUUACCCUUUUGGACUUCUUUUGUCUUAUUUCCAACGUUGGACUGAGAUGUUCUGUAUCCGAUUGCUAACAUGGCUGAGGCAGUGCAAGGCCCUGUGGUUGGCCGGCCGUCGGAAUUUGCCAACGAGGAGGAGCGGGCGGUUCACACCUGGUCUAGAAUUGCGUCAGCCGGCCGCAGUGUCCUUCUGGAAGCGGUGAAGAUCCUUACCCCCAUGUCCCGGGAUCUCUCCAGUACCGAUGAGCUGGUCACCUUCCUGCAGGAGUUGAGCAAGGAGGGCCACAAGCCCACCGUACUGCGUAGCAAGGACGUCUAUGGCUACCGCUCUUACACAAACCAGCCCUUGACCGUGGACAUGAUCAAGCCACCUAGCCGGAAUGUCAGGCUGCCACCCAAGAAGCGGCGAAGGGUUCGAGUUAAGAAAAGAGAGGUGCAUCCUUCCUGGAACGUCUUUCAAAAUGGAAACCCCCGAAUCCAAGGAGUUCGACCUCCGGAGCAACUGAUGGACCAGUGCACUAGUGCCUACAGUAAGAGCUCCGUUCAGACUUGUGAAAUCUCUGAGGCUCCCCAGGUGCAAUCGUGCCUCAGGCUGACUAACAUCAAAGGUCUGUCUGGUUGCCACACAGCCAGACUCCAGAUCCAAACCACGUGGGACAUACCCCGUAAGACUCCCCCAGCUGUCUUUUUGCAGAAGCAGCCCCCUCCAGCACUUUCAGGAAUACCAUUGCAGCCUUCCCAGAAUGGCGAUGGGGCGUCCACCAGAGCCGUGGCCUUGUUCAGCCAGAAGAGCUUAUCUUGCCCCGUCCGACUGGAUGGCGCUCUCAUCGGUGACUCUGCACCUGUAUUCUAUGCCAAUGGCCAAGCUUUCCCACAGACUCACACGGAGCUCACCAGCAAUGGCUGGGGUGGCAACGUCCUCCACCAAAAUGGACUGGGCCCGAAAGAACUGACACAUCCCACCCGGCAAAGAAACCGCUGGCGAGAUAACAAGUGUUUGCGCUCAAAGGUUGUGAAGGUGGACAACUCUCGCUCGGUGGACGAAGCUCGAUGCAAAGCGCAGAAAAUACUGCAGGUCAACCUGUCUCCCGUGAUACAAAUCCGCCCUCUGAACCACGUGUUGAGAGACUUCCGAUACCAGAACUGAAACGGACACUCCCUCGGAGCAUACGCAUUGUUUUAUUAGUGUCUUACACAUCUGUCAAUUCCGACCAGGAUUCCCCUUUGCAGCAAAGUUCUUUCAUGGGGUUCCAGUCUGAAAGUUGGGAUUCCUUGAAAGGCAUUAGAAGUAGGGAGUUAAUUUUCCUAGCAGGCUGGGAAAUGACUUAACGUUGAUUGCUGGUACAUUUUCACUCUCGGUGCAAUUCUGUAUUUCCAUUGGAGUUAUCACUUUUUCAUUCCUCAUGGUCUUAAUAUGGUUGAAGCGCCAUUAUUUGGAUAGGAUUCCCACACCCAGUUGAAGACUUCCACCAUUUGCUUUAAGGAUGGAAGGCCACAUUGUGCUUCCCUAAAGACUUAAGAAUAAAGACAUAGCGGCAGGCCUCCAAUAAAACCACUUUGCUAAAUCCUGGAAAAACAUGAAGUUGGUCUUCCUUUUUUUGUCGGGUUGUCGCAGGGCGGUAAGGGAAUGCAUUGGGGUCCACUUGAGUGGUGGUGGUUUGCUUCCUGUUUGGGUCAAAAAGUUUGUUGCCCUCCACAAAGUGUUCCUUUUUAGUUCCACCUACAAACAUACACUGUAGGUAGUAUUUUGGACUGGAUGGUAGUAAUAUAAAAAGGUUUGCAAAAUCUGGAGUCACUUCUUUUUCAGUAUGUAUUCAAGAAUUGAUCAAAUGAAAUGUUUCCUUCUGUCCAAGUCAAAAUGAUGGGUUUCCCUUUUGUUUUGUUUUGUUGAGUGUCAAAGUUGGCAGUUUUUUGGGAAGAGUGUUAUAUGCUGCCCACCCAAAAAUGGAUUUUUUUU